AUGGGGAGGAAAUGGGGGAGACAGGCUGAAGAAAUUGCGAAUGAUAAAAAAGAUACUGGCUAUAAGAACUCAUUUAGUAGCAACACUGGAGGAAAUUCAGGAGGGUGGGGAGGAAAUGGGGGAGACAAUAGCAACACUGGAGGAAAUUCAGGAGGGUGGGGAGGAAAUGGCGGAACGAGCACGGCUCCUCCGCAUUCUCCCUCGUCUGGAGGUAGUCGCUGGUCGGCAAAGCAGGUUGAAGACAAAUUCAGGGACUUCGACGUUGACCAUCACGGGGACGAAGACGGCAAGUUAUUGAUCUUUCGCACGGUAAAGUUGAGGGCUCUAGUUAAGUAUAAUAUUGGAAAUGGACCACGCUGAGGAGAGGAAGUGUUUGAAAAGGUAGACGUACGCUUUACGACUCCACCAACAAGAGGUGACCGACGAACGAGCACAGUCAAUAGAGGACAAGGAAGUGUACACGGAAAUACAGGAGAUGGUGGAAGAGAAAUCGAACUUGAUGCUUGA